AAGUGCCCAGCCGCAAAGUGAGACAGCCACUCGUGGAGCAAUGUGCAUGCUCUGAAAGCGCUCGUGAUUUCCACGAGCCUGUGCAAUGUACUGCGCUGCCAUCUGGCUCUACCCUCGUGCAUGGAUCACGGUUCCACUUCGAGCACUUCAUGGACUAUCUCAUGCUCGUGAAUUGCAUUCAGAAUUUGACCCCUCUUGCCUCGUAGGCUGUUUUAGGUCGAGCAACGAUUUGAUAAAUUUGAAGUCAGUUGAUGCAGCAAAUUCAGAAAUUGAGGAUGUUGGAGGACUGGAGGUGGUGACGCAGAGUAGUGUGAAAUUCCGUCGAUGGUGGUGAUUGAUGGAGAUUGUUUACAGGAUGAGGCGUUGCUUCCUUCGUCUUUGAGGCGAACUGUGAACUCUAUGCACUUCCACUCAGCUUGUAAUUUUAUGAGGUUCCGAUCUUUUGGCUAGAAUUGUCACCGAUUGAAGAAUCUCUUUCGUGGGUUUAUUUUCACACAAGUGUAUUCACCAGGAGCGUACCUGGUCGCCUUUAGUUCAUUAGUCCGAACGCGGGAACAGGAUGGCCAGUUUUAACAACGCCCGUCCCAAAAACUUGCAAAAACUGCUGCAAUUGUCUAAUCAUUAUCGGCAGCCUGCCCUUCGACUACAACAGACUAGUGCUAAAACCCUUUCUUCCUGUUGUAAACAAUUCAAUUCAUAUGACUCCAAUUUGACGCAGUCUGCGGCCGACGCAGACUUUUCCAGCUGCGGUUAUACAAGAUGUCGGAAAUUAUGUGGGUGCAGUAGAUGUGUCUCGCCCAUUGAGACAUCUGCAUUUCAUGUCGGACCAUAUUCCAGCCCUUUCCCGGUGGGAUUCACCAGCUCAAUUAGGAGUUUCUCGUCUUCGGGUAGCCGUGAAGAACCAAGGGAAUCGAUGGAGUAUGACGUAGUCAUCGUGGGAGCCGGACCGGCCGGUUUGGCAGCAGCCAUUCGACUGAGGCAGCUUUGUGAAGAGAAGAAUGUAGACUUGUCUGUGUGCGUCGUUGAGAAGGGAGCGGAAGUAGGUGCGCACAUACUGUCCGGAAAUGUAUUCGAGACGAGAGCCUUGGACGAACUUAUACCGAAUUGGAAGGAGCAGUCGACCCCUAUUACAGUGCCAGUGACGGAGGACAAGUUUUGGUUUUUGACGGAAAAACGAGCUUUACCUCUUCCGUCUCCUUUCAAAAAUCAUGGAAAUUAUAUCAUUAGUCUGAGUCAGCUUGUACGAUGGUUGGGUAGUAAAGCAGAAGAACUUGGCGUUGAAAUUUAUCCUGGAUUUUCAGCCAGUGAGUUGUUGUAUGAGGCCGAUGAGAGCAGAGUAUCUGGUAUAGCAACCAACGACAUGGGUAUAGGCAAAGAUGGGUCAAAAAAGGAGAUUUUUCAAAGAGGCAUGGAGUUGAAAGGACGACUGACGUUGCUUGGAGAAGGCUGUAGAGGUUCCCUAUCUGAGAAAGUGAUCAAAAAGUUCCAGCUACGCGAACAAUCAGGUUCCCAGCACCAAACUUAUGCUCUCGGUAUUAAAGAGGUUUGGGACGUAGAUCCCAGCAAGCAUCGUCCUGGAUUGACUGUACACACGGUAGGAUGGCCGCUAGACACCAGAACAUACGGCGGCUCCUUUCUUUAUCACAUGGACAAUCACCAGGUAGCUAUGGGUUUAGUGGUGGCUUUGGACUACAAAAAUCCCUAUCUAAGCCCAUACGAGGAAUAUCAGAGGUUCAAGCAGCAUCCAUCUAUUAGGCCCUUCAUCGAGGGUGGAAAUGUUAUUCAAUAUGGAGCUCGCACUCUGAAUGAGGGUGGCAUCCAGUCUAUACCAAAAACUGCGUUUCCUGGUGGAGCACUUAUAGGUUGUACAGCAGGUUUUAUCAACGUACCGAAGAUCAAAGGCUCCCAUACAGCAAUGAAGUCAGGGAUGCUGGCAGCAGAGGCUGCGUUUGAUGCCCUAAGCAAAGAAACAUCGCAGCAACCAUCUAUGGAACAGUAUUGGUCUUCCUUGAAAACUUCUUGGGUGUGGAAGGAGUUGCACCAAGUUAGAAACAUACGACCGGGUUUUGAUCAUGGUCUCUUAGCGGGCAUGGCAAUUGCAGGCCUUGAGCAUUAUAUAACGAGAGGACGGUUGCCUUGGACACUUAAACAUGGAAAACCAGAUCACGAAUGUACGGAGCCUGCAGAUGUGCAUAAACCAAUAUCUUAUCCAAAACCAGACGGGAUUGUGUCUUUCGAUGUGCUGACUUCUCUGUACAGGAGUAACACUAAUCACAACCAUGAUCAACCGGCUCACCUGCGCCUACGUGAUGUAAAUGUACCAGAGAAUGUCAAUUUAGCAAAAUUCGCAGGACCUGAGGGUCGCUACUGUCCUGCUCGUGUUUAUGAGUACGUAUUUUUAAUCAUAUACUUACCGUUAGUUUUCGUAAGGACACUGGAAAUAUAUUUCAACAUGUACAUGGUUGUGCGUACGCUGAGAUAUGCCACGUAAAUGCAAGCAUGGAAAUGGUUGUUCGUGAAGCAUGAAUACCGUGGAUGAAGAUUCCAGCUAGAAUUGAAAUUAUCGCUCAUCCAAGAGGCCUGUACGUCUUUACGAAACCAUUAGGGUGGGUGUGGUUUGAUGCAUGCUUGUUUGCUUGAUUUCAGGUACUUACCUGAUAAAAACGAUAGGCUAGAACUUCACAUAAAUGCUCAAAAUUGCCUCCACUGCAAGGCUUGCGACAUCAAAGACCCUCUACAAAACAUUCAGUGGACUGUACCUGAAGGUGGUGGUGGUCCAGGUUACUCAGUUAUGUAAACUAUCUAUCCCAUUGAGCACAAGGGUGGCAUUGAACAGGCAGUUACGGUUUCGACAGAUGCAGCACAAAGUCUCUAUGAAACCAUCUUUCCUUCAUACUGUCCUACCCAUAUCAGGAAGUGAGGCAGAUCCUCCAAAAGUUAAGUAUUUUGACAACCAUCAACGCAAGAUGAUCCUGUCAUGACACUAACGCGCAUUGAUUCUAGGAAAUGAUGAAGAUAACUAGAUCAGUGGGGCCUGUGUUAAUUCAAUAUACUUCAAGGAUGAUUGCUGCUGGCUCUGGUUCAGUAUGUGUGUAUAUAUUUCCUUAGCCUGCAGCAACGUCUGAUGCAUACAACCCCAAAUGUAAGUACAAGGUCAUUGGAACGUAGUGUAAAUCUUGAUCAGAGGUGAAGCGGAGACGACGAAGCUUCACCAUCCCAAGGAGAUAUCUGUAAUGCAUAGCCUUAAAGAAACUCAACAAGUAAAUACUCCCUACUUGUGGAACAUUAGUUGAUCAGUCCUGUAAUUUAGCUGCUGAAGGUUUGAAGCAACUUUGCAGCAGGUGUUUUUCAACAGUCCGCUUUAGUUUAAGGGUUUAGUUUAACGUUGACUUUGCAGUUUGACUGUACGUCAAACUUCUAUCUUCAUAUUUGGUCUUUUAAAUGUAUCCAACAGACACUGCUUUCUGGACUUCAUCAAAUUAUCAGAGCUAAUUUGAGGAAAAUCAGUCAGAUGGUAACAAUUAUAUGACGAGGUAUGGCUGUCACAUCCGUGUCGC